CCAUCUUUUCUCUCUAAUCUGAAACUGAACCGACUUUGAUAUUACAUCUUUGCCCACCUCCUCCGUCCUAUAUAAACCCUACCGUUUUCCGACUAAGCUCAUCAUCUCAGAUUUCUUAGAGACCAGAGAAAUCACUAUCAUUCAGAGUAUAGUUGAGAGAGUGACUUGAUUAGUAUAUUAAUAUGGGGAGUGAUCAUGACAAUGGCUAUGGUGACUUGGAGAAGCAGAUGCUGGUUCUUCACGAACACGAAGAGAAGCACUUCAUGUCCAGUGAGAUUGUCCGUGACGUCAUUCUCGGCGUCUCCGACGGUCUCACUGUCCCUUUUGCCCUCGCCGCGGGGUUGUCCGGCGCUGACGUCAGCUCCUCCAUCAUCCUCAUUGCCGGCAUUGCUGAGGUUGCGGCCGGUGCCAUCUCCAUGGGACUUGGCGGGUAUCUUGCGGCGAAGAGCGAAGAAGAUCAUUACAAGAAAGAACUAAAGAGGGAGCAAGAUGAAAUCAUCGCCGUCCCUGAUAUAGAGGCUGCUGAGGUUGCAGAAAUAUUGUCACAAUAUGGGGUUGAAGCACAUGAAUAUGGGCCUGUGGUGAAUGCUCUAAGAAGGAACCCUCAAGCCUGGCUCGAUUUCAUGAUGAAAUUUGAACUAGGACUCGACAAGCCAGACCCAAUGAGAGCCCUGCAGAGUGCAAUGACAAUAGCCUUUUCAUACGUCUGUGGUGGACUGGUGCCUCUCCUUCCCUACAUGCUCAUUCCAGUUGCCACCAAGGCGGUGCUUGCAUCAGUGGUGGUCACCAUAGUGGCAUUGCUGAUCUUCGGCUUUGCAAAGGGUCACUUCACCGGAACUCAACCUUUCAAGAGCGCUUUCCAAACCGCCUUGAUAGGAGCCAUCGCGUCCGCGGCUGCUUAUUCCAUUGCUAAACUCUUCCAAUCCUACCACUAAGCAGUGACCCGUUUAACUAUGCGUGUGCUUGUGUGGCUCCUAAUUAAUUAAUUUGGUUUGUGGCAUUUCCAAUCAGACCAAUAUAAUAAAGUAGCUAGCUAGUUGGUUUUUACUAGUACUGGUUGCAUCCUUUGCUCGUUUGCUUCGACAUCUUGGCUUUGGACAAUAUCGAUCAUCUGCAAUUGGGUAUUAGUUCUGUUAUGUGUUCUUGUUAUAAUGAAUAUUGGGGGUUCCUCCACCAGCUAGUAUGUUUUCUA